AUGGCCUCGCUCCUCGAACGCUACGGUUUUCUGUUUGUCUGCCUGGCGUUUGUGAUAGUUAUGAUGGGUAUCUGUGUUAUCAACCGCCGUAGGAGGCGAUACGCGCUACAGAACUGGCCGCCGCUCGAGUAUGUUCCGGAGGGAGUGCCGGAAGAUACACCAGUCCCGGAACUGUCGGAAGUGUGGCUCGAGGACGAGAAGGGGAUGGCGGGGACUAGCUUACGCUCAUGGCCCGCAUUACAGCCACUAUGCGCGGUCAGGAUAUCUGAUGCCCAAAUGGAGCUUGCACCUACCACUUCCCCCAUAUCACCAAGACGGCUAUUCCACUUCGCAAAACGUGAAGACGCUUGGGUAUCGGGACCCCCUCUGCAAUCACUCCCAGCGCCCGAGGCUGUUCAAGCGGCCUUCGUGUUCUUGUGGGACGAUGGAUGGUUGCGAGUACGCAAUAGGAACAUGUUCGAUGGUCAUACGAUCAGGGACGAACAGACCAUCAGCGUUGUAACUUGGGGCGCUCCAUCCCAACCUAAGUUAUGGCUAACUCUAUUGUUCCUGUACUAUCAAGCUUGGACCAUUUUUCCUCCCGACUCUUCUGGUGCUACCAUCUCAUUGACACGCCUUUUACGACCACGCCUUUGCGUAAAUCUCUCCUGCUGUUGUGCUUUUUACUGUUGUCUGUACCCCAUCCCCCGCUAUGUCUCAUAUCCACAAGAGGUGUAUACCUUGUCCGACCUGAAGCGUUCAUUAUAA